AUGGUUCACAUUGCCUACCCCUUCUUGAUCUCGCUCGCUGCCGCGUUGGUGGUGAGAGACAAAGCUCCCCAGCCUCUUUCGUUCACCUUGAACAAGAAAUCGCAACCCAAGUUGGUGCACCCUCACCACCCUCUUGGCAAAUCUGACCCUACGGCGAACGACAGCAAGGUAGAGUCGAACCUGUCGGACCAGGACGUCAAGAUCUUCGCCGAUGGUGACACCUACUUGAUUGACUUGGGGGUCAUUGACGAAAACCAAAAGUUGCAAGUGGUGUUGGACACUGGUUCUGCCGACUUGUGGGUUGACGCUAAGCAAUUGAAGGACACCAAGGGCUUCACCAAGAACGGCCAGUCUUUCGGCAUUGCCUACGGUGACCGGCUGACCGUCCGGGGUAGCUUUGGCACCUCGUCGGUGUGGCUUGACAACGGUGUCGAAGUCAAGGACUUGCAAUGGGCGUUGGCCACUGACGUCAGAUUGACCUCUGGCUAUAUCCCAGGGAUCCUUGGUGUUGGCAAGGAGAUUAACGAAGCCGGCUACUACCUGACCCACAAGACGUACCCCAACUUCACCCAAAAGUUGAAGGACGAAGGCUACAUCAAGUCCAACUCGUACUCGUACUACUUGAACAAGCUUGGCACUGCCACUGGUACCGUUACCUUCGGUGGUCGUGAUCUUGCCAAGGUGAAGGGUCCUGUGGCCACCAUCACCCCCAGUACCAGUGACGACGACGCCCGCUUUGACUCCAUCACGGUCUCGAAGAUCUCCACUUCUGACGGAAACUCUGCUGGCUCCGUUGAGGCCAUCUUGGACACCGGUACCACCUUGACCUUCCUCCCCUACGACACUGUCAACGCGUUAAGCGUGCCUGGUGUCUACGCCGACUGGUCUGGCACCUUCUACAUCGAGUCCAACCCUCCUUCGGACAAGUACGUGUCGUACUGGUUCAACGACACCGAAAUCAAGGUGUCGUACGCCGACUUGGCCAUCCCCGAGACCGACGACAACGGCAACCCUACUGGCCGUUUCAUCUUCGGUAUCCAAGGCUCCAGCGGUGGCACUUACAUCCUCGGUGACACCUUCUUGCGCAGUGCUUACAUCACCGUCAACCACGACACUAACCAAGUGUUGAUCUCUGACGUCAACUACACUGACGCCGAAAACAUUGUCUCGAUCUAG